AUGGGAUCUCUCCUCGAUCAACAGUAUGAGAUCUAUGGUCAAGGUGGAGGGCCACCAUUGCUCCUAGACGCAGACUUUAAGCCACAGCACCCUCGGAAAAGACGGAAGCUAUCAAAGGAACCGUACAAUGCCUUAGAGCAGUUACUGGGAAUUGCUUCGCAAAACAAGGGGAAAGCGGCUUCACCAUCUAGGCUUCCUGGAGGCUUUCCUCCAGAGUGCUCGUUUCGGGCACUUGCUGUCUACUCGUUUCUAAGAACGUUAAGCGUUCAGCUUCGGCUGUCACCAUUUACACCGAAUGUCUUCCUACGUGCGCUCUACCUUCCUUAUCCCAACAAGCUACUCGGGGAAGUUCAUGUCAGCUUGUUGCGUUCACUUUUACUGAACUUAAAUUUGGGGUACGGUUUCAAGCAAAAAGGCGCUGCAACGCACUACCACAAGAGACGUCUGAUUGACAAUCUUCGGAUGCCGCUCCGCGGUGGCGAUAAUCUAACAUAUCUUGACGGCUUGUCCUGGCCAUUGUUCUUUGAUGAUUAUAGUCACUUGACUGCUGAUCGACUUUGGAGAUCAGUGGUGGACACCAAAAGUUACGCUGAUAUCAGGCCAACAGAAUCGGACACACUUGGAUACCCGGACUACGAAGACGAGCAAUUCGCCAAAGUGAAGGAGACCACCAUUUUGCAUUCGAAAACAUACACACUCCCUGCUUCUAGUUAUUCUCCUUCAACAGCAAGUGGUUCAAUGGCAUCCGGGGCUUCGAAAAUGAGCGUACAAUCCAAAGCCUUGGAAAGUGCAAAGUCGAAGGUCCACGAUGCAGGGCAGCAGUCGUCGAGCUCACGAGAACCUGUGAAGGCGACCAUAGAUAGUGGAAGUGAUCAAAAGGAAGCCAUGAGUCCUUCUACCCAGCAGUCAAGAGGGCGACGCUCGUUGCCAAUACACAAAAGAUCGGGUCCAAGUUCAAGCGAAGCUGGCGGGCCCUACAAAACCCAAGCUCUACAGCAAAGCAACUAUACAUAUAAAGCGGAACACGCCGUUCAUGCUGGAACUCAAUUGCCUACAAGUUUUGGCUAUAAAUAUCCUGGAGUGCACCCACCUCAUGCGCAAUCUACAGAGACUUCAUAUGUCCCAGAACGACCUUUGAAUGUGGAAGAUAAUGUUGCUGAUGCAUUGAGAAGCUUUGUGUCCAAGAUUCCAUCACGUAGCGAAAAUUCUAUUGACCAAGAAGACAUGAACGUCUCGUUGCUUCAAUUUGGCAAUGAUGACGAACUUCCGAGCGGUGAUCGUCACUUCGUCCACUUCGAGCCUAUGAAAGCGAUGCGUUCCGGAAUUCCAUACCACCGGCUUCGACUAAGCCAGAAACUUGAUAUUCUUGAAUUCCUGAUGGACGAAUUGUUAGAGGUAGCAGUGGUAGCAGCGGAGUUUUCCAUGCGCCAUGGAAGCCUUUACGUCUAUCCGUACUCGUACGCUGCUUGGCCGAAGAAAAGUGAGUUCGAAUCUCUCAACAAUGAAGACCAGUGUGGAGUCUGCGGGCUGGAGGGAGAUUUGCUCUGUUGUGAUGGUUGUUCAAGAAGCUAUCACAAAGAGUGUAUUGGCAUGAAACCGACAGAAGAACUACCAGAGGGAGAGUGGCUUUGUCCCGAAUGCCAAGUUGCCGAUCCUUCUAAAUUUGGUCCUCUCUAUGGAGGACAGAAAGCAUCCGUUGACUGGGUCCGAGUCAGGGACGUAUCGAGUAGAAUACAGGCCGACGCUUUGAAUCAAAGUCAUGAUCAGCCUUUGCCUUCGAAUGGAGAAACGAUCCCAAGUAUUACGCAGCUGGAUGUAAACACAAUUCAACAGUCUACGCUCAUCGGUAAUUCAAAUCAGUCGCUUCCGGCUGGGCCAAGCGUUGCCUUAUCAAAUAUUGCAGUGCAACCCGACACAAAAAAUCACUUCACUGCCGCUUUUGGGCAAACACUUCCACAACAAAUGAGUGCGAAUGCCCUUGUUGGGCCGAAUCAGCAAACGUUGCCGCACACUAGCAUGGGUGUUCCAAAUGAAUUGACCGCUGUUCCAACUUCAGCAUCGACUCAAAUCACACAAAACAUGCAACCGAAUAGUGCAGUAUUUGAUCAGUUCAGGUUUCUGAUAGUCCAUGGCUUUGUUUUUCAGCGCAAAGACUCAGAUGUGCCUGGCACUGCUCCAUAUACAGCGCUCUUGGAAGCUGAGGUGAACGACUGCAUGAGUCGUUUUCAGUUGCCGAUUGCCCAAGAGUGGCCUUUUCGGCAAAUUCCAACUGCUGAGAAUACUGGAAGCAUGCAUUUUCCUUCUUUCCAUAACUAUUUCCUUUCGUCGGAGUCAUUCAAUCCAUCCAAAUAUGUUAACAAAUACACUCGAGCACUUGUGCCAUUCUCCUUCAAGGCCAGCGUUGGAAUUCAGGAUUUUCCAUUGCUAUCAAAAACCUUUGAAAGUGAAUGCAACUCAAGCACGGCACGGAUGCUUACAGAAGUAAUGCAGCGGGAUAUGUCUCUCGACAGCCACGUUGCAACAUGCCUUCGUAGACAAACUAAACUCUUCAAUCCAUAUGAGCUUGUUGCUGGCUACAUGCUGAAGCUUGAUGCGUCACUGCGGAAGGCAUGCCUUAUGGACAGUUCUUGGGAGUCGGGAAAGAUCAGAGCAGUCCACGAAGUUUGGUCCGAGAAUGUCAAGAAAUCAAAGUCAUUGUAUAGGCUCGCCAAUUUACUGGUGAAACUGGUUGACCACAUUCAUCCCCGAGCUUUCUUGGAAGGCUGGAAUCAUAACUCGCUUCUCAAGAAACAAGAAUCGGAGCACAUGUCUGAGCGGAAUUACGAAACGCUACCAGCUGAGUGGGAUAAAAAGAAAGAAUGCAGAAAGCGCCGUUGGGAAACAACCCCUUCAAAUCUGUUGAUGACUCUGUGUUCGCGAGAAAAAGUCAAGCUUUCCUCGUUUGUCAAAGGCAUCAAUCCAGCUAGCAUUCAGAUUACUGCUGUAAGAAGUCACCGAAAGAAGGCUAGAACGUCUGCUGACAAACAUGCUGCCAAGAUGAUAGAAGAACAUCUAGUGCGGAUGGCCAAGGCGGUUGACACUAGUGGCGCUGCUAUGCACGUGGACAGGAAAUCACCCGAAGCACUGCCUAGUUAUGUCGACACGAGCGACAUUAUCCCACCACAGAAGCCAUAUCCAGCAUACUUUCAGUUUGCAAAUCGGCGCCGAUUGGAGAUGAAGGAAAAAUACCCAGGUAUCAGCAGUGUUGAGAUUUCGAAAAUGCUAUCUGACAUUUGGAAAAAUGAAUCGGACGAAUUCCGAGAAAAAUUUUCUAUAGAAGAAAUGAAGCAAAGAAAAGAAUACAAGAUUGCAAUGGAAGAAUAUCACAAAAAGGUGAAAGAAAGGGUUGCAGCUGUACAAUCGGGGGCUGGGGAGAAAGAAGACGCCGCCGAUGCAGACGAGAAGUCAAAUGACGCUGAUGAUACAGCAACGAAGCAGUCGAACCCCAAGAGUCCUGCGUUAGAUAAAAACACUUCACGUCGAUCAAGGAGGUCUGGCAGAAUUGCAAGGACUUCCGAUCACAACGAGCCUGCAGCAGCCCCAUUUACAUCUAUCGCCUCUGGUCAGGCACCUUCGAAUACCUUCAGUUCAAAAUCGGUCUUCGAAAGCAAGAGGAAACACAUGAUUGCUGUUGAAAAGCUGCUCAAGAGCGCGACGCAAAAAGAGACCUUCUGGCCUAUCGCAGGAAGGAUUCCUUUUUCGACUGUUGGAGAUUUGCCACCAAAAGUAAUGCAGAGGUUAGGUCGUAACGGUGGAGCGGCAAUAGCACCACACGUAGCUUACAACACGGCUCACGAGGUUGGUCAAAUCUGCAAUUCACACAUUUGGAGGAAGAAGACUGGUGCUUGUAGGACCUUUGAAGAUCUUAUCUACCAAGCUCGGAGACUAGAAUCGUUUUUGGAUCGACAGGCAAUGCAUUCUUUCGAGGGUACGGUGAGGCGAGGCAAGUCACAGUUCCUGAAAGAGGUGCGGUGUUCACAAGUUGAUCCGGGAACGGGUUUGCUUCAUCACUUCAUCGUCAACAAAAAGAGCGGCAGAGGGUGUUGGAUGUCUGAAGAUAUGAUGGAUGUGGCGUCGUCAACCCUCGAACAGUUGAGGCGCAAAACUAGACAAGUCGAACUUCGCCGCGAACGUGCAAGAGUCGCACAAAUGGCGAAGAAAGCGAAAAUACUAGCAAAUAAAGCACUCGCAGGACAAACGAAAGUAUCCAGCACGCCGGUCCAGGAAGCUUUCCCCAGAGGUGCCCAUGACCUGGCCUCACUUGCAACAUCACGACAGAUUAAUGUGCCUAGUCGUACUACAGCAAACGUAGGGACCGCAAACUAUGAGGUUGCUGCCAGGCAUGGGCAAGGCAACCGUCCCCAACCGCAGAAUGGCCUUGCUGGAAUCCAAAUGCAGCUGCAAUUGUCUUUAAAACGGCAUGAAAUGGAUGCCCGGCAACUAUUUCAAACCUUUUCAAUGGUCGGUAUGAGACCAACAGGAGAAAGGGGUCUAGCUCUGAGGCAAAAGAACUUUCCAACAGUGAAAGCUUCCGCUACACAGCUGCAAAAAUAUCAGCCUGAUUUUCUUUGUGGGGAUGCACAUGUCAUCGGGAUGAUGAAACACGUCGAGAAAAUUGCUAUUGGAGUGACGCUAGAUUCGUUUCCAAAAGGUAACCAGGUUCAGAAUAGCGGUGCGAAUGAUCAACAGGGGCAGGCAAUCGGUGUACAUGGGACCAAUGCAACAGGAUUGUACAAUCUCCCUCGGGAAGGAUCCAAAGGUCUUCAAUUAUUCAACUCGUCUCAAUCGAAUCCAAUGGAUGAGUUUGACCCGACACCAAUUACAAAUGCCCAACUGAAUGGACGUGGAGGAAAAGUAUCGUCACUUACGGGGAAUUUACAAAGUUCGUGCAACAGACAGCAGAAUCCUGUACCAAUUAGGCAAGGUGCUAGUACGGGAAUGGUUGCUCGCCAGAUAACCCCGAAUAUUUCAAUGAAACUGGGUUCGCAUGGAGCACCAGCGAAUAGUCCACCGAACUCAACUGGUCACGAUCAACGGGGACUCGCACCAAUCACCUCGCGAGUCUCGGCGGUUGGACAGAAUCAGGGGUGGAAUGGAAUGGGGAACUUCAAACACACUCCGCAGGCCACUGGUAUAUCUCAAGCACUUCUUCAACAAAGCCUUCAACAAAAUGUUGGACCUAAUUCCCAGAGUCAUGUUCCACAGCAAUUUUCACACCAGAUGCUGCAGCAGGCAGUCAAUUAUCAGAAACAAAAUUUGAUGGGUCAGCAGCAAAACACACAAGCUCCAGGGCAAGCGAACCUGGCACAGCAUAUCGCCAAUCAGCGGGCGCAAAGUUAUCAGAAACAGAAUCUAAUGGGUCAGCAGCAAAACGCACGAGCUGCAGGGCCAGCGAAUCUGGCACAGCAUAUCGCCAACCAGCGGGCGCAAAGUUAUCAGAAACAGAAUCUAAUGGGUCAGCAGCAAAACGCGCAAGCCCCAGGGCCAGCGAACCUGGCACAGCAUAUCGCCAACCAGCGGGCGCAAAGUUAUCAGAAACAUAAUCUAAUGGGUCAGCAGCGAAACGCACAAGCUCCAGGGCAAGCGAACCUGGCACAGCAUAUCGCCAACCAGCGGGCGCAAAGCUAUCAGAAACAUAAUCUAAUGGGUCAGCAGCAAAACACACAAGCUCAAGAGCAAGCGAACCUGGCACAGCACAUCGCCAACCAGCGGGCGCAAAAUUAUCAGAAACAGAAUCUAAUGGGUCAGCAGCAAAACGCACAAGCUCCAGGGCAAGCGAACCUGGCACAACAUAUCGCCAACCAGCGGGCGCAAAAUUAUCAGAGGCAAAUCUUAAUUGGUCAACAACAAAGCGCACAAGCACCAGGGCAAGGGAAUCUGACACAUGACAUUGCAUCCCAGCGGGCGCAAAAUUAUCAGAACCAAGUUCUAAUGGGUCGGCAACAAGGCGUACAAGCUCCAGGGCAAGUGAAUCUGACACAGAACAUCGAAUCCCAGCGGGCGCAAUAUAAUCAAAGCCUUGGGACAGAUCCACAACCCCACUCUCACCAAGGAAGGAGCGCUUUGAGUCAACAACAGAUGCAGCAAUUACAGCAGAUGCAACAAAUGCGACAGCAACUAAAGGGGUGGCCACAGCAAGGGAACUUCUUUCCUCCAUCGAACGGUAUGCAAUGA